AUGAGGGUGUCAGGAGGAGAGAGUCCACCGGUGCAGACGGAGGAGAGAGUACACGGUGUGCAGACGGGGAAAGAGAGAGUUACACAGGUGCAGCGGGGGAGAGAGUACACAGUUGCAGACCGGCGGGCGCCAAAGCCUAUUACACAGGUGCAGGUCGGAGGAGAGAGUUCACACGUGCUGACUGGAGGAGAGAGGUGUCAGGAGGAACGGGGGAGAGAGUACACAGUGCAGACGGUGGAGAGAGGAACAGGUGCAGAGGGAGGAGAGAAGGUGUCGGAGGAGAAGAUUCCACAGGUGAGAGGAGGGGGAGGAGAGCUGUACACAGGUGCCAGAGGGGGGAGGGAGAGAGUACACUGGUGCAGUCGGUGGAGAAGAAGUUACAGGUGCAGACGGGGUGAGAGUACCACAGGGUGCAGACGGGAGCGAGAGUGUACACAGGUUGCAGACGGAGGAGAGAGGUGUCUGGAGGAAAAGAGCGUCACACAGAGUGCAGACGGGAAGUUGAGAGUACACAGGGUGCAGACGGGGGAGAGAGGUACACAGGUGCCAAGACGGGGGUAG